AAGACACGAACCAUGAUAAGAAAAUUAGUAAACAACUCGUUUGGUUUGGAAAAUGAUUUGAAAAUUGUCGGCACGUUGUCGUACCUGUGGCAAGAAUUUGUACAGUGUGAACGCGAAGAAUUGAUUCCAACAGCCCGAUAACAUUAUGCUACAUAAUAUUGCAGCAUUAACUGGAAUGUUUCAUUCGAGAAGCGAUCGUGUUUCGAAAACGCAUUAUAAAAACUCAGAAGGUGCUCUUGAGCAACAGCAAUAACAUUGAAGAAGCGUUUAAAAAAAUCGACUCGGAAGAUGUGGAAAAUCUGGAGCUUGAGGAAGAUGCCGAAGUCAUACAACUGGAGACGACGCAGGAAAUGACGCCAUUCCACUUGCCCCAGCAAUUUCAAGAUGCAUCUGUCUGCGCGAGAGUCCCUACCCAUACUGUGGCCAGACAUUUGGCGAUCACAGCGGAAGGAUUCAGCAUGAGCAUUAAGCACAUCUACAAUUGUGCCUUUCCGUCGCUUUUCGUGGAACGAACCCUUGUAUUCCUGGACCACGUCGCAAGUGGACAAGCUCUUUACGCUGAAUAGCAUGUUGGCUGUCUCGGAUAUAAUGCAUGAGGCGGGGAUGAUGAUGACGGCGAGAGUGACGACUAUGAUUCUUCGGAUUCCCACGAUGAGGAAAUUGAGAAUCUUUUGGAUGAAAACUUGCUCGACGAUCUGCGGAGUCCAAGCGUACAAAGUACGAGCAGCGCUUCAAGAUUAUGCUGGAAGAGAGAUGCUGCCCGAGGGCUGGGUACAGGUGACACAUAAUAGCGUCAUGCCACUGUUUCUAUAUCGCAAGACGCGUGUCUGCUCAGCCUCGCGGCCAUAUUUUCUGGGCACGGGCAGUGCACGCAAGCAUGCCGUGCCGUGCUGGGAACUAUCUGUACGACGAAGCGGAGGCGAAACGCGCAGCUAGCGCAGACAACUCGACGAAGCCUUGUGCAGAGGACAGUAACAGUCACGAAUUGUUCAGUGGCGCAUGGCCAUGUAGCCACCGAGCAGGAUUUGGAUGGCAAGGAGAAAAAAGACGCGACUGCUGCGGAGCCUAAAACUGAUCAUGCAGCCAGUGGAGCUGGAGCUCUCCAGUCGGAGAUGUUAAAACUUAGUGCCACGCACCAGGGGACUCAAACCAAAGGCACCUUUGUGCCGCCCGGUUCCAAUUUAAAUAAUGUCGAACUAUAGUUUACAUAUAUUACGGCCAAUCAUCAUAAUCGUCAAUAGCUUAUUCGAUUAUCUAACUUGCAUGACAAACUUUUUUCAAUGUGAUCCAUCGUAAUACGAAUAACACAAAAGAAACUGAAAUAUCUUGAUUUUAGACGCAAGACGAACUACGUAUACUCUUUUAUAGUUGCGACCCUAAUUAGUUUGAUUCUAGAUGAUGUACUUAAAUGAAAUCUAGUCUUUAGAAAAUUUUACAUAUGAUACAUUCCUGAUAUUGUUUUUAGAUAUACAACUGUAAUUUACACUAAUUUAAUCUUCAAAUAAAAAAGUAAUGGUAAAAUGAA